AUUCUGUCUUGUGUUUAACAAAGUGAGCGUGAAAAUCCUCGCUGAUCUUUUUACUCAUUUCAAAUCGUCCCGGAACAAUCCAGAAAAGACAGCAUUAGAUCUUUUGUGGCCUGUGAUCUCACCAUCUCGGUCCAAAGGGUAGCGAACUGGAUGUAUCAAAUUACAACAUUGAACAUCAAAGACAAAGAAUAGCGUUGCGACGUUGCCGCUGGCGACAUAGCCGUAUCUCUAAUGACUGUCGCUUGGGAUGAGGUUUUUCCGCGGUAGGGAACUAUAUCUGAUUUAUUUUUGAUAAUCUCAGCCAUAAUGCUGUGUGUGCUAAGUGCAUGUUAGACGCUGUUUCUUACCCAAUGAAGAAAUUUUGCGCACAGAUUCCGUUAUAAACAAACCCGGCGUGAAUGCGCGCAUGCUGUGUUAAUUAUAACAUGUUGGUAUAAGCCGUAGACGAGCAGAUUACGGCAACAUCUUUUACGUGAACUAUAUGAGAAGCAAUAAAUCUUUUGCCACACUCUGAACAUCGCGUUAUUUUGAGAUAUUGACCACAACACGCGCUCUGUGUUAUCGACUGGCAGUUGGAUUUCAUUCAAAUUGGUUUCGAGCAGAUUUUCCUUCAGUCGCAGAGCUGUAUAUUUCACGACCGAGCGCGUCUAGUCUCGUUUGAUAAACUGAUAAGUUCAAUUUGUUUCUGACAACAAGGGUCAAACAGCACACCGGCGUAUUUCGCGUUGCAGCAAUUUUGGCCGAACAGCAAGAUGAAUAAAUUUGGGAAAAGUCUCGCCGUGUUCAAUUGGGCCUCCCAAAAGGCUGAAAAAGAUCUUGUCAACACGAUAACCAAAGAAAAGUUACAGGAUUGCUAUGAAAUUCGGGAAGAAAUAGGCAGAGGAGCAUUUGGAACGGUGAAAAAGUGCGAGAAAAAAAAAGAUAAGACGGUGUUUGCAAUCAAGGUGAUCCUGUAUAAAGAUCCCAAACUGUUGAAAGAUAUUGAACGGGAGGUGUCGAUGAUGAGACGACUGGAACACGAGCAUCUCGUCACCCUCUACGAGUCCUACGAAAGCGCGGGAAGUUUCGCUUUGGUCAUGGACUACAUAGCUGGCGGUGAACUCUUUGAAAGAAUUGUUGAAAAGGAAUAUUUGGAGGAACAGGAGGCCGUCGAGUAUCUACGUCAGUUAAUCCAAGGCCUGCAACACAUGCACAGCAGGAAUAUUGUUCAUCUGGAUAUCAAACCAGAGAAUAUUUUAUGUGUUGAUAAUGUCUCAAAUCGUAUCAAAUUGAUCGACUUUGGUUUGGCAAGAGAGCUUAAACCUGGUGAAAUCACGCGAUGUGCGUUGGGAACACCUGAUUUUAUCGCCCCAGAAGCGCUUUCCUUCAACGAAAUCAAACCUGAGACGGACAUGUGGAGCACCGGCGUUCUCACCUACGUUUUGCUCAGCGGUUUAAUGCCGUUUGGCGGAGAGAAUGAUCAUGAAACGUUGUGUAAUAUAUCCAACGUGGAUUGGGAAUUUGAUGAGGAUUCGUUCGAAGAGAUUUCGUCAAAUGCCCGAGAUUUCAUCGAGAAACUUCUAACUCUUAAUCCGGAUGAUCGACUGAGCUCGACCGACGCCAUCCAACAUCCGUGGAUGAGAGAGAGCGAACGAGGCGGGAAAAUAAACACGAAACGGCAUCGUACUUUUCUGGCUCGAAGAAGAUGGAAGAAAUCUGUCCACGUUAUCAUGGCUGUAACGAAACUUUGUCGAAUGUUACAACUUUCGACGAGCGGAAAGUCCGAGAGUGGUGUAAAUAGUCCCAUUGACAAAUCAUCUUCGCCGAGUGGGUCAGGUAACUGUAACUUCAUCCCGAAGCCUAAAAAUGCACUUGAUCAUCAACCUGAGACAGAUGCCAACUUAAACCCUAAACCUUCUGAAAUGACUAGCUGUAAUCUUCAGGAAAGCUUCACGAAAAUGAACAGUUUAGCAAAUGAUAGCGACGGUACAAGAACUGAAGGAAAAACUGUGUCUUUCACUGAAGCAGUUGUUAACGAUUCUUCGGAAGAAAACGAAGAUGAAAGCGCAGAAGUUGCAGUGAAAAGUCCUGCUGUUACUAAAACUUUGAACAAGGGUCAGAAUGAUACGAGAACAGCAGACAGUAAGUUGGUAAGAAAUGUUGCAUUUGCCACUUCAAACGGAGGCGGGGAGAAGAAGAUGUGGAAGAUACUGAAGUAGAUGAACUCUCAUUGAUCAUUCAUCGUUUUGAGGAAUUUUUGAUCAUUUCAAAAUGUAAAAGGGAAUGAGACUAGUUGCAGAAUGGAAAUCCGUUUUUCAAGUAGAACAACUUAACAACUUUUCACGACCCUUUUCAUUCGCCGUAUUUCACAUGUGUCGAAAUCAUUAAAGACAAGAGAAAAUAAGGCGUCCCAUCUCGUUAUCCAUUGUCUUUAAUGUACUCAGCACAUGUGGUAUACAACGUUUGACACCGGGUUCCGAAUUUAUGUGAAGCGUACAGUUCCCACAGUUAAACAUACCGGUAAAAUACGAAAUUUCAACUGCCUGGUUGGAUAGAGAAUGAUGAGGCCGAAAUGUGAUGGAUUUCUAUUUGGUCGCUAGUCUCAGAUUCGUUCCUCACGUUCAGCCAGCACGAUCACAAUUAGUUGCACAUGUUUGUUAUUCUGACGAAUAAAGCGCUGAUACCAUAUUUUGUUUACUUUACGCCAAGGUCUUCUCUUGUAAUGGGGCAAAAUCCGACGAUAAUAUUUAAAGUACGGCUAGUCGUAUCGGGUGGUGAUUUGGCCAUCAAUGAACGGUAAACAGAUAUGAUCAGUGUUUGUAAAUCACUUUCUUACUAUAUUUAUAU